AUGCCCAUAUACAAAAUUACAAACUUUUCGUCAACCCAAGAUCUAACGAAGAAACAACCACAACGUGAACAACAUCAACAACAGCAGCAGCAGCAACAACAACAACAUCAGCCGCAAACACAGAACCAACUACAACAAUUUAAUCAUUUGGAUAAUUCCCAACGAAAACCAACAUCCAACGAAAUCUCUACAAAUCAAAAUACAAAUAACAUCAACUUGAGCAACAAAAGCAGCACUACAAACAACAACAACAACAACAGUAAUUACAACACCAAGAAUACAAACACUAAUAAAAGCAACAGCAACAUCAGAAUCAGCAACAGCAGCAGCAAAACCAGCUUUGAUCAACAUCAACCGAUCAUCAACAAAAACGGCGACGUGACGUUCUACUUCGAGAAAGUGGUUGACACCACACCGCGCUCCAGCUUCUCCUCACCAUCGCUAUCUUCGUCCAACUCCUACUCCAAUUUCAUAAAGGCAAAUUUGCAUCCCCAGCAGCAAAAACAUUCGAUGGAGGAGAGCAUAAUUGAGAAAGAAAUACGACUGCAAAUGGAGAGAGAGCUGGAAAUUAGAUCGCUAAAAAACAAUUCACUCAACAGAGCAUCUAACAACCCUACCCCCAUCAACAACAUCAGCAGCAGCAGCAAUAGCAUAUUUAGUCACAACAACAACAACGGUGGGUUGUACCAGCACAAGAGAAGCGACAGUAUGUCACUUGCAGGUUCCGAUAUCUCCAACAACACAGCCACAACGAACACGGCAUCCAGUGGCAGCUACUACACACCAGAGGAAGACGUUAACGGCAAUUCCACAAUAAGUCGGUAUGUGAGGGAACAAAAUGGAAACUUACAUUACAAGAACGACAACAUUAAUAACAUCAACGACAAGAACAUCAACGGCAGCCAUAAGAACACAGUCGACCACGAUUUCACUGAUAACGUCGAUAACUAUUCUUCACCGAAAUCUGACGAAAAUGGUACCAAUAAAAUGAAUUAUCAAAAGAGAUCAUUAGUCCAGCCGUUUGCCGACGAGGACGAUGAUCCCCGGUUCAAAUUCAUCCAGCCGCAACAAGAAUCGGUCAUUGAAAAAGAAGUGAGAUUGACUCGACAAAGAGAGGGUUCGCUGAGGAGAGCCAGAGGUUACCCGCUAGUCACCCACACCAACGAAUUGGAGAGCGUUGUUGAAAUUCCGCUCUUUGAUCCGUCCACCAACAACGAUGACAACGACACCUUUUCGAACAAAAUUUGUAAUAACAACUGUACAAAAAGUCUAUCAAAUCAAAAGCUAGAUGAGUGCGACAAGUACAUACAAGAGAGCGGCGCUAGGCGAUUUGCCACGAACCGCCUGAAACAAGAAAUCUUAAAAGAGAGGCAGCGAGAAAUUGAUUUGAGAAGACUGGGCAAAAUAAAUACUCUAUCAUCGGAGAGGGUUGCAUUGGAUGCAAAAACUUUAGAAGAACUAGCUUCCAAGAGAUCAACCAGCGAGCUGAACAUCAGAGAGGUUAGUAACUCGCACUUGAAUCAAAAAGAGUUAACAAGCGUCAGAGACGUAGCGAGGCCGAUGAAGAAGACAUUAACGAUAGUCAACAACAACGACAGCAGCUGCAGCAACGUCAACAACGAAACAACCGGCGGUCAUAAUGAUGAAGAUGCCGUUGAUAACGAUAAUAUCGCAGAAUGGAGAAUCGAGGAAGAAAUUCUUGAAUCGAAAAGAAGAGAAGAAGAGCUGCGAGAACAGAGAAAGAACCUAGGCCUGCAAGUGAACACGUUGAAACCGCGAACCAACCCAACAUUUGUAUCAUCAUACAGAAGAAUCUAG